CUUAAGGAGAAUCCAAAGGAAAAUGCUCUUAUAAACAAAUAAACUAUUUUCAAUUGGCUUCUGAAAUUAAUAAAAUUGAACAAUGCAAAUAUAUUUACUAAAAUCGAUGAGAACGGAAUUAAUGACAACAAGCAAUGCUUAAAGCGUCCCUUGAUAGAUGGGAAAGUAGUAUCAAUGUUACGGCGUUUAGGAACUACACUUUCCCAUAAUAUCUUCAAUAAAAACUCAAACUCUUCAAAGUUAUUGGUUCCGCAAAUAAUGAGUCCUACCGAAUCAAAACCUCGUUGGACACGUAAGCUGGAUGAUGAUGAAAUUGUACUCCAUUUUAAUUCAGCAAUAUCGGAAGUACUACCACAAGUAAUUGAGGAUCAACAACAAAAACUCAGCGACAAAUCUUGUGUGCCAAUUAUGAAUGUGAAGCAGGCAAAGAGAAAAUUAACGUAUCAAGUAUCAGUUGAUGAAGAUGUUAGUCAAUGCAUUUACAAUGUGUUACCUGAAGGCUUGAGUAUUUCUUUAGUUUAAGUGGAGAAAUUUACACUCCCUGCAACCACUUCCACAGUGCAAAUAAAAACAAAAUGUAAAACAGUACAUUUGUGUGAGUGAAAGUGUAUAUUUAUGAUAUGAUGCAUAUACAUAGAAAACACUAACAGUAUGCUCAUCUAUAAGUUACUCGAAUGUAUGUAUGUAGCAAGUAUGAAUGUUGUAUAUAAAAUAUUCUUUAUAUGCGAUUCUUAGUCAAACUUUUUAGGUUAUUACGUACUCAUUAUACAAUCUAAUUUAGUUAGUUUAAAAUUAGUAUGUUAGUAUGUUAAAAUAAAAUCAUAAUACAAAUGUAUAUGCUAAAAAAAAACUAUACGUU